GAGGCUAUGCCAACUAAACGUGUAAGGGAACGUCCACGAGCCUGUAUUUCAGUCAAGGCUGAACAUUUUACCUGAAAUCACUGAGACUCUUCCUUCUUCAAGGUUUGACUACUUACGGGAGACUAAACUCUUUGUCUUGGAUUCGCCAUUACACAAUUACACCCUUCAGGCCACUCUACGUCCAUCGACCUUAGGCACGAGGCCCGUGCUCGCAGGCUCCUGACAUCUGACAUGUUCUUCACGUCGACGAGCAAUUACGAGCGUCUUGAGGGCGGCCUUGGUCCAGGUCGUACCACUAGGAUGCAAGCAUGGAAGAAGUUCGCAAUUGGUGCUGGGGUGCUCAUUUCCGUGGUCUGGUUUUUUGGACCGAGAUCGAGCGUAGAAUUGAUACCUGAUUUACCAAUGCCUGGCAUGGACGAUGCUUAUCCACCACCAGUAGCACAUAUACCCACGACGACAAGUCCUUCAGAGGAUGAAAUUGACUUUGACAAGACUACUACUACCACUACAUCGCCACCCUUACAAACAUCGUUCCCUACCUCCCCCGAGACAGACCCAGACCUCCUCAAAACUGUACACUGUACUUCCCCUUAUUCUCCCAACCUCCCUCUUGUGCAGUAUGCCCUCAUGAUUGACGCUGGUUCGACCGGCUCGCGCAUCCACAUCUACAAAUUCCAUAACUGUGGACCCUCGCCAACCUUUGAGUAUGAGGUAUUCCGCAUGACCCAACCAGGCCUCUCUUCGUAUAACGGACUCCCGACUGCAGCGGCAGAGAGUCUUGACCUUCUCCUCGAUGAAGCCAUGGACAUCGUACCAGAGUCCCUGCGCAGCUGUACGCCCGUCGCAGUCAAAGCCACCGCUGGGCUUCGACUUCUCGGCGCCCGUCAAAGCGAUGACAUCCUCAAAGCAGUGCAUGACCACAUCCUCCACAAAUACCCCUUCCCGUUCCCAGAUAAGGAUGGUGUGGUCAUCAUGGAUGGCAAAGACGAGGGCGUCUAUGCGUGGAUCACUGCGAACUAUCUCCUCAAUACCAUUAGAGGAGAUUCGCCCGAGGACGCGUCGCCCUUUGCCGUGCUUGAUUUGGGUGGAGGGUCAACACAAAUUGUGUUUGAGCCUGAGUUUGGCGAUGAGAAGGGUGAUGAGGGUCUCCAGGACGGCGAGCACAAGUAUGAGCUUGAGUUUGGUGGAGCUAAGCGGGUGUUGUACCAGCACUCGUAUCUUGGAUAUGGCCUCAAGAGCGCUCGGGAAAGCGUGCAUCGCGUCGUUCAAUUCAUGGAUUCUAUGAGGUCUAGCAAGAAUGGUGCUAGCAGUUGGAAAAGAAUGAUUCACAACCCUUGCUUGGCUCAAGGGUCGGUGAAAGAGGUGAAGCUUCCUGCUGGGGACGGCGAUACCGUGACAGUGACGAUGACGGGAUCGGAUAUUGGUAAUUUUGAGGCUUGUAAUCGGAUCUUGGAGCUUGUCAUGGCUAAGGAUGACGUUUGUGAACUCAAACCCUGCUCUUUCAAUGGUGUUUACCAGCCAUCACUCCUGGACGCUUUCCCUAACGGCAAAAUCCUUCUUCUCUCGUAUUUCUAUGAUAGGGUCACACCGCUACUUUUAGCAAAGUCAUCACAAGAUCACCCUCAGCCACCCAUGUCAAUUUCAACAUUCGCCACGCUUGCUAAACGGGUCUGCGCGGGUCCUACCAGCUGGCAAGAAUACUGGGGUACAUACCCUGAAAUCAUGGAGGAACUCGAAGGUCGACCAGAGUGGUGCCUCGAUCUCAGUUUCCAGCAUGCCCUACUGGUGCUUGGCUACGAGUUUGGUGAUGAUCGGGAGGUGCAGCUUGGGAAGCGUAUUGAAGGGACGGAGCUUGGUUGGUGUCUUGGGGCUACAAUUGCGAUGGUGGGUGGAAAUCUACGUUGUCGGGUGUAGAACCCCACGAGGACAGUUAGUCGAAUACAGAUAGACGUAACGCACCGGACCUUUAUUAUAUGCGGUGCGCCUCAUGCAGUAGCGUCGUCGUAAGAGUCGUAAUUGAGAGCCUCUGCCAUUGUAACACCUGCUCUGUUAUCGCUGA